UUCGUAUCUGUGAAAGUUCGCAACUUGAAUGUUCGUAAGUCAGGGACUUAUUGUGCUAAUAAUGUCACCCCCUCCCAAAGCCAUUCAAAGGCCUCUCAUUGCUCUUAGAGACUGAAAUUCUUACCUGGCUCACAAGGCUUGAUUUGGCCCCUGCCCACCUUUCUAAAGCCUCAACUCUUACCAGGCCCUCUGCUCCCCAAUAUCUACCUUCCUCUCUUGGUGAUUUAGCAUGUUCUCCCACCCAGAGCCUCUGCACCUUCUAUUCUCCACACUGGGAAUGCUCCUACAGGUUUCUCUCCCGUGACAACCAUCUAGUUAAUUCCACUCAGGCUUUAGAGGUCAGCUCAAGUCCAAUCCAGUCCACUUUCUUUUUUAAGGUCCGACAACUCCAGAUUAUUUCUUUCCGUUUGAGACUUCCUAUUUGUUAGUAAGACUGGUACCUUUAUUUGAUCAGGGUUAGUUUCUCCCACUAGCCUGUGAGUAGUACCCUAAAGGCAGGAACCUUGUCCAUCCGGCUCACCAAUGUACCCACAGCACCCACCAAGAUGCCUGGCACAUGAAGGAUAUGCAAUAAAUAUCUGUUGUAUGAGUUAAAUCCAAGUCGAUAGCGAAGGGGGUGGUUGGAUAUCGAAUCGAUAUCUCACGGGAGAGAUUUCUAGGGUGAAAAUAAAGAUUUGGGGGACACUUAUAAUUCAAGUGAGAAGCGUGGGCGAGCUCGCCUAAGCGGUGUGCGGACUGAAGAGAUUUGUAACUAAUCCAAGAUAAACAGUAACGUGGCUCACGGUCACUGCGCAACGAUGCCGGGGCUCUUCUCCGCCUAGCUGUGGCUCGUACAAGUCGCUGCCCACUCCGGCUGCCUGAGCCCCGUCCCUUAAAAGGGAGAAAAGCACCAAUUCAAAAGACUCCAACAGCGCCCACAACUUUCUCUAUCCAGGCCUUCCUCCAAUAGCUAAGGACGGCUCCCUGGGCACCGCCCCUUCCGGCCGGGAAUACCGGAAACGUGGCGGGAGCGCCGGAAGUUAAAGGGAGUUUCCUGUGAGCUCGGCUUCCUCAACAUGGCAGCGCCCUUGUCAGUGGAGGUGGAGUUCGGAGGUGGCGCGGAGCUCCUAUUUGACGGUGUAAAGAAACAUCAGGUCACCUUGCCGGGACAGAAGGAGCCCUGGGACAUCCGGAACCUCCUUGUCUGGAUCAAGAAGAAUUUGCUAAAAGAGCGGCCAGAGCUGUUCAUCCAGGGAGACAGCGUGCGGCCAGGAAUUCUUGUGCUGAUUAACGAUGCCGACUGGGAAUUGCUGGGUGAGCUGGACUACCAGCUUCAGGACCAGGACAGCGUCCUCUUCAUAUCCACGCUGCACGGUGGCUGAGGGCCCCUCUCUGUGCCUGAGCGCCCUUGGGGUGGGAGAAGAGAACAAUCAGACAACCCCCUGGGCCCUGCUUCCAGAUCUCCCUGUCCCCCUCGCUGCUUUCUUCCCUGCUCUGUCCCCUGAGCUCCCUCCAGGCAGGGAAAAGAGGCCAGGUGCUAAAAAUGAGCCUUUCUCAGGCACGUGAGCAGGGGAAGGCAGGCAGGCAGGCAGGCGGGCGCCUGAGCCCAGCGCUCCUCCCGACAGCUGAGGUGGGGGAGGGUGCCGGUUUGGUUGUCGAGUGGAGGGGGCCAGGUGACCCAGCUGCCUUCCACUCCGGUGUCUCAAUCUACACCCUGAGUGACCACUGACAAGGCGCUUCAGCUCCAGGUCACAGCGUCUUCAUGGGGAAGGUGAAUGGCCCUGAAUAGCCAAUGGGAAGGCCCUCCCUUCUCAAACAUUGGAGGAGUCCCCGCCUCAGUUUCCCCAUCUGGACAGCAGAGGGCUCUGCCUAUCCCCCACUGAUGUCAUUAUGGAACCCCAGCUGGGGUCCCCUAUUCAGUGCUGGCCCCCUCCCCCCCACCCAGCAGCUGCUCUUCCAACCACACCCCUCCUCCUGUUCCCCCCAUCCCCAGCCCUUGACCCUGGUUGGCCUCCCCCCCCACAGGCCACCAGAUGGGCUCCUGAGACCCUCCCCCAGCAAAAGGCUGACUGCAGCUCAUUCUGAAGAGGAGGGAGUAGGCUUAACCUUGGACUGGCACAUAAGGCCUGGGAGGGUCAGUGUGCCUCAGUUUCCUCCUCAACGACAACUGAAUAGUUACAGUGUCUGAAAACUGGGGUACUACUCAGUGGCACAAAUGUAGGCUCCAUCUCCCUCCCUGCAGGAAGCAGUAUGGGGUCAGGCAGCACCUGGUAAGCAGGGUGGUUCGCCCCUCCUUUCUCUGUCCCUUCUGGAAGUCUUGGGGCCUCAGUGUCUGCAACAGCUGGCCUUGGGCAAAUAAAAGCCGAGGUUGUUUACUA